AUGCAGUUUACUAAGCUUGCUAUUGUUGCCCUCCUCUCAGGAGUUGGCCUUGCCUCGCCUACCCUUUCCAAGCGUGUGAGAGAGUCUAUCCACAUGGUCAACUGUGGAUCCCACCUCGCCCUCGACUUCUACGCCGACGACACCCUGGACAACGUCUUCCCCGGGUCCAACAAUGAAUGCAUUGUCAGCAGCUUCCAGGAAGGUGGCGGUGGUAGCUGCACUUUCGGCUCUGGUGUAACCUUCAGCUGGAACCUUAACAAGGACGCUGCAAGCCAGUCGGGAUCUACCCAGGUUGGUGGCGGUUUCAACGGUUUCCACACUUUCAACUGCUUCCGUGACGACGACCACACCCUUUACACUCGCAACGGUGAUUCCUGCAACAGCAAAUACGUUUGCUUUGAUACGUUGUUUGGAAUCUCCGAAAACUGUGCACAAAGAGUGACUCCUCCAAGCCACGGAUAUGUGGCUUGUUUAAAUAGUUUAGACGCGCGCCUAAUCCUCCCCAUUAUCGGUGGUUAA